AUGGAUGAUACUCUAUGUGGAAAAAUUGAUUUUUUGAGGAAGCAUUUACCUGAUGACUUGAAAAAAACUACAUCAAUUGAUAUUGAUGAUAAUUCGAAUUUCGUAAAAUACUGCCCUGAAAACGUUUCAGGAGACAACAUAUGUAAUACUUAUCUCGAUAAAAUUACGGCUGGAUUUUUAUGGUUACUUGCAGAAUGUUAUUCUACAUUAACAAAUAGAGAUUAUAAUCAAAAUAAUACAAAUGCAUUUUUUCUAUAUAUUAUUUCAUGGCUUAGUUACAAAUUAAACCAAAACAAAGGGGAAAAAUUCAUCACAAUAAGCGAAUUUUUUACUAAAAAUGUAAAAAAUAGUGGUAAAUAUAAACAAUUUAUAAGUGAUGCCUAUACAAUUGCAAAUCUUAAGAAAUUCAUGGAUGAACGAAAUGAUUUUCUGGAUAUUAAUAUUGAAGAUUUAUCUAAAUUUUAUGAUACAUCCAAAUUAUUAUGUAAUAUGUAUGGUGACAUUGAAAAGAAUAAACAUGACAAACUGCCAGAGAAUGCGAAUGAUUUUGUUAACAAAUAUGCAGAUCUAAACAAUAAAUAUAAUAAUAAAGGUGACCCACAUCGUCAAAUAUUGUCUGCUUUAUCAACUGAUUAUAAUAAUUUAAAUAAGAAAUAUAAUGGUGUUCAACCUCUUCCAGAGAUAACAGCAAACAUUUCUGCACUAACAUCUGAAGAUACAUCAAAUUCGUCGAUAGGAAACAAAUUAUUUACAGUUUUAUCGAUAUUUGGUGUAAUAGCAUUUUUUUUAGGAAUUUCUUAUAAGUAUUCGUUAUUUGGAUUUCGGAAACGAGCUCAAAAACAAUAUUUAAGAGAAAAAAUAAAAAAAAUAAAGAAGAAAAUGAAUCAUUAA